CGGGAGCACCAGCGCGUGACCCAGUUGUGCCAGCAAGCCGAGGCCAAGGUCCAAGCCCUCCAGAAGUCCCUCAAGCGCGUCAUCGUUAAGAGCAAGCCUUAUUUCGAGCUUAAAGCCCAGUUCAACCAGAUCCUCGAGGAGCACAAGGCCAAGGUGACGGCGCUGGAGCGGUUGGUGUCACAAGCCAAAACGCGUUAUUCGGUGGCCCUGCGUAACCUGGAGCAGAUCAGCGAACAGAUCCACGCUCGCCGUCUCCAACGCCUCAUUGUCCGUCGAGCUUCGCCGGUGGGGGCCGAAGCCAGUCCCCAACACGCCGGUACCGAGGUGGGGGUGACAGGAGGGACACAUUUGGGGGCCGAGUGCCCCCCAGCCGACACGCUUUCGGUGCUCAGCCUUCAAACCAUCGCCUCCGACCUGCAGAAGUUCGACUCGGUCGAACAUUUAUUGGGUUUGUCGGACGCUACCAGCCUCAACAGCGACGAGCUGGAGGAACGGGAGCAACGCCGGGGUGGGCAGGGGCACUUCAAACAUCACCGAAGCAUCAGCCUUUAG